CUGGGACGUCGAACAUGAGGUCGGUUGUCUCCAAGUCGGGAGCGAGCUAGUGCGAUCCGCGCCGCAGAGCAAAAACUUCGGCAAAAAUUCUGUGCUGUGAAACGCAGAGAAGCUUCUCUAUAGAUGGCUCUUGCGUCUUCAGGUGGAAUCCCGUGUGUCAUUUUGUGUUAUUCAGUGGUGCAGCGAAUGGUGUUGCUGUAUUUUAAGAAAUAUUGUAGAUCUGAUUGAAUUUUUGGCCAAAUGGGGCUUACUGCAGGUCGUCAUGCCAUUGUGGCUGGGUGAUUAUUUUACUCAGUGCAAGGUGACAAGGUGCUGUCAUGGCAAUAAAUUUUUCAGCAUCAUUUGCAGCAUGCCUUGCUGCAGGGCUCAAGGUUCCUCGGCAAUUUAUGUACUGCAUUGCCCAAGACACUGGAACUCCCUAUGUGCUGUAUAAAGAUGGCAUGGAUCGGCCCCAGGGGCAACCCACUCAGUGGGGCCCAGGGACUCCUCAAGAUGGGGGUUAUCCACAAGUGCCAUCGGCAUCGGGUAGCCCUCAGCAACAGUGUGGACCAGGAGAGCCUGAUGCCUCACAAGGCAUUACUGUUAGAGAACAGCAACAGCAAAGCACAAUGACUUCUCCUGUACCUUCUCCAUAUGCUCCACCUCAACCCACACCACAAGAGCAACAACCUCCACCUCCUCAACAACCCACUCCACAACAACCACCACCCCAACCACAACAACCUCCUCCUCCUCCUCCACCCCAAGCCUCUCAGCCACCAAGCCAACCACCGCCUCAGGCGCACUCUGGAGAAGAUGAUCCUGCGUCACAGCAACAAGUACAGCAAGUUCAACAACAGCAGGUGGCUCAGCAACAAGUGCAAGUGCAAGUGCAGCAACAAGUGCAGCAAGUGCAACAGCAACAACCUCAACCGUCUCCUGGUCAACCUCCCCCACAACCACCUCCUCCCCAGAGUGUGGUUGAAGUGGAACAACAACAACAGCAGCAACAACAACAACAGCAACAGCAGCAACAACAACAACAACAGCAGCGUGCUGUCCAGUGCUUUCCCCCUGGACCUGGUCAAGAUAUGCAGCAGCAGGCUGUGUAUGCUGCACAACAUUAUUUUAAAGAUGCAAGGGCUCACCACACUCCAGGAAUGUCUCCACAUAUGCUGACACCUGGAGGAUUUACUGCUUUGCAUUAUUUGAAGCAGCCAGGUGUAAUGUUGACAUCUUUAGGACCAAUGGGAACGGGUGAUGGAAAUGGGGGACAAUUAGGGGAUGGGAACGGAAACGGUCAUCCAUAUGUUACAGGUGGCACCAUGCAGGACAUGCGUGCUGCGUCAUUACCUGAUAUUAUUCAGCAGCAACAGCAACAAGCUCAAACAGUUGGUGGAAAGGUAGGGAAAGGGGCAAAUGGUGAGCUGAGGUUAUUUAAGUGCUUGACGUGUGGAAAAGACUUCAAACAGAAGUCAACAUUGCUCCAACAUGAACGAAUCCACACAGAUAGUCGCCCUUAUGGUUGCCCCGAGUGUGGAAAACGUUUCCGCCAACAAUCUCAUUUGACCCAGCAUCUCCGCAUCCAUGCCAACGAGAAGCCAUAUGCGUGUGUUUACUGCGAGCGCACCUUUCGACAGCGCGCCAUCCUGAACCAGCAUCUGCGCAUCCACUCGGGUGAGAAGCCUUACCAAUGCCCAGAGUGUGGGAAGCACUUCCGCCAGAAGGCCAUCCUCAACCAGCACGUCCGCACACACCAAGGCGAGCGCCCUCCUCCUUUCUCUCUGCCAGUCGACAACAGCGCGGGGAGUUGUAAAGUUGACACAAAGUUGGCCGUGCUCUUAACAAUCUGUAGUAAUCAGAAUCUCCUUCGUUUGCUGGGCCACUCGAAGCCUCUACAGCCCGAGUAAAUACGUGAGUCCUCACCUGGUGUUCAAGAAUGGAAUGACUCCCACUCUGUGGCCGCAAGAUGUCCCUUAUCCCCCCGAAGCGGAGAAGGAUGAUGGAGCUUCAACGUUUGGAGGUGGAGAGGAUGGAACAGCUCAGCAGACAGACCAGGCUCGUGGCAAUGGUCAGUGCUUUUCUCCAGACAGUGCUGGCAAUCUGCAGCAAUACCCUGCGUAUUUUAAAGAUGCAAAGGGGAUGAAUCAUUCAGUGUUUGGUGGUGGGGGUAAUUUUGGGCCUUUGCAGUACUUGAAACCAGGCCAAGGAAAGGGAGGGUGUUUGCCUGAUGUGAUUCAACAUGGUCGAAGUGCGGGAAUGCCGUUGUAUGUGAGAUGUCCCAUUUGCCAAAAAGAAUUCAAGCAGAAAUCUACUCUUCUGCAGCAUGGUUGCAUUCACAUUGAAUCUCGUCCUUAUCCCUGUCCUGAAUGUGGUAAACGUUUCCGACAGCAAUCUCACUUAACCCAACAUCUGCGAAUUCAUACAAAUGAAAAACCAUACGGAUGUGUAUAUUGUGGUAGGAAUUUCCGGCAACGUACAAUUCUCAAUCAGCAUUUGAGGAUCCACACUGGUGAAAAACCAUACAAGUGUGGUCAGUGUGGAAAAGACUUUAGGCAAAAAGCAAUUUUAGAUCAGCAUACAAGGACUCACCAAGGGGACAGACCCUUUUGUUGCCCUAUGCCGAAUUGUCGGCGAAGAUUCGCCACUGAACCAGAAGUCAAGAAGCACAUAGACAACCAUAUGAAUCCACACGCUGCCAAGUCUCGUAGAAACAAUUCUACUCCAGUGGAAACUAAGCAUCACCCAGGAACUCCAAUGGCCACUGACCGUGGACCAACUCUUCUUACACGGAGUAUUCCUCCUACUGCUGUCGUAAAACCAGAACUAUAUUUUCCUCAGUGUUAUGCCCCUACGUUCAAUCACCAACCUCCAGGUCCAGGGACACAGUUUUCGAAUACUCCAAACCCUGCUGCUGCAAAUGCUCCAGAGUUUAAACCAUCACCUUCAGCUCUGCCCACCCAGUGACUAACUGUUUCCUUGUAAGGAUUUCAAUUUUGCACAACCAAGACAGCAGUAGAAGGACCUCUGUAUGAAGCUGGUCUUAGACUGGCUGAAUAGUAUGUGAUAGUAAUAAUUUGCCAAGAUUUUAAAUCAGGAUGGUACUGUAAAUACUAUUAGAAACAUAGUGUCUUGCACUCGAAAUGAUAGCUAUGCUAUACAUAUAUUAAUAUAUAUGUAUACAUAUAUGUGUAUAUAUGUAUCACAUAUAUGCAGAUAUAUAUCUACAUGAUAGAUGCAUACAUAUAAUCAAUAACUUUUAUAUUAAUGCCAUAGUAAUAUUGCUUUAUUGGGGAAAUGAGUGAUGACAGGGAGCAUGGAGGACUUAAUAUAAAGUAGGCGAUAUAUUUUAGGCAAAUUUGUGCCAGCUACUAUUGCUGUUGUGGAGGGAAAUAGCAAGCCAGCAUCGAUUGUUGUUCUUUUAUUGAUAGGUUCAAGUUGCAAGUUCUUUUUGGAAUCUAUAUUGUGAUUUUAGAGCAAACAGACUUACUCAGUGAAAUAAAUGUCUGCAGAUAAGUAUUUAAAAUGCAUCACAUGAUGGCCUAUAUUUCAUUUUAAAGAAAAACAAUGAUCUCAUUUUGGUGUUUUUAAGUUUCAUGUUAGUGUAUUUAAGAUGUUGGUUGCAGUUUUACUCAAGCUACUUUCCCUCCAAUUGAAAAGUUGUUUUAGAAGUGUCUUGUACAGGCACAAUUGGAAGAGAUGAACUUUCUCUUUGUUAUAUACAAUAUAGGAGGGAUCUUUUAAUUGUCAAACUUAAAAUACGUAAUUUAUCUAUGUUUGUCAGAAGUGGCCUCUGCUCACUGGUCAGUUGCAGUUAGAGAAUGGCCAUACAGGGUCCUGGCUUUUAAACAGAGUGACAAUUGAAUUAUGUAUACCAUACUUGUGUACAGAUAUGUCGCCAUGUGAUUUUUAAAAUACUUUUACCAAUUUUUUUAAAUAUUAAGAGUGCAUCAGAUUGUAUAUUUCUAGUGUUUUAUUUUGUAUACAUAUCUAUAGUUGAAGCUUAGUUGUCCAGAUUCACAUGUUUGGCAUUUCUAGGUAGCAGAACCACAUUUUUUAAUGAAUGUAUUUUGUGUCUGUACCUGCAAAUUUUAAUAUUUAUAUUUGUUUUUAAUUUUUAUUUCCUCCUUUAAGAUUUUGUAUAAAUGUACAACAUUCAGAAUCUCAAUGAGUAAACUACAUUGAUAUUGAGUACACAUAUGAUGUGAUCUUUAUGCUAUUAUUAAAUGUAUGGCGCUUCCUAAAUAAUCUGCUCUUGCUGCAUUGUGUUGUAUUUUGGUGAAAGCAAAUGAGUUAUGGUGGGGCUGACCAAUGAAUUAAUUCUAUUUUCUAAGAUUUUUUUAUGUGUGGUUUUGUUACACUAAACUGAGCAGCCACAAUGAAUAAAUAGAUGGAAGAGUGGUGUGUAUAUUAGUGAAAUACAAUGGCAUAUAUGAGGAAGUAGUGUUGACUUGUUCUGAUAUAGAUUUUACAGAGAGAGAUGAAGUUACAGAAAAAUCUGCUGUUAUCUGUUUUAUCCUGAAGAUUUUUAAUGUUGACAUUUUGGUAUAUCCACCAUUGUGCUUGAAUGAACAGUUAAACUACUUAGUAGUUUGGAGUAAUGAAUUUUGAAUGGGUGUUGAGCAUCCCACAGUCUUGGUAGAGAAAUCUUUGCUUCACUAAACUAACUCAAUAGAUUUUUUUUGUUUCUUAUAAAAUCAUAUUUUUUGAAAAAUGUGUAGUUUGCAUCAUUUUCAUAUUUUAUCGUCCCUAAACAACAAUAUAAAUAUUGUUAUUUUAAAUUCAUUGUAAAUGAAUUAUUUCAGUGCAAUAUCAUUUAAAGCUUUAUUUCAAUCAGACUUGCCCCCUCAGCAAUCGUUUUCUAUGACAUAUGUAGUGCAAUAGUGUUAGUGGUGCUGUUUAUUUUAUUGAUUUUAGAUCAUUAUUGAACCUGUUAGUUAGAAAAACAUUUUUAAAGAUGGCUUUCAAACAUGUAUCAACCUUCAUUACUCGGGAUGUAUGUAGGGAUUACAAAUGUUUACUGUAUUUUCAGGUAGAGAAUAAUUUACAGUCAUAUUCAUUGCUGAGUUGUUCCGGUACAAUAAAUAUCUUUUUCAUAUGCCUAUUUUUUACUUAUUUUAAUCUCUUGGUGCUGCUUAGUGUGGUGAGGAAGAAUUGAAUGGUUGUGGCUGCAAAUGUUUAGUACGAAAUGCCAACCUCAUCAUACAAGCUUUUUAAAAUAAAAAUUGACUUCAUUAGCUGCCAGUGUGUUCUGUGUGAAUUGCCACUUGUUUGUUCAUAAAGUUAAUUUUGUAGGCUUCUUUGUAUCUAAUAUUUUAUUGCAUCAAAUGUUCAUUUGGUUACAUUUUUCCUGGUUUCUUGUGCUAAGGUCUAAAUAUUUUGUGCUUCACUUUCUCCCUUAACUGUAGACCGCCAACACAGAUACUGUAUCCACGGUGCAUUGUUGAGCAGCUCUUGAAGUCAAUUGCAAAAUACAUCACAGGGAGCACGAUGUUACACUAUUUUUGCUCUCUACAUUGUCCAUAUAUCAACUAAUUUAGAAUGAUUGUGUGAGUGUUUUUAAAACGUGUGAUUUAGGAAGGAUGCUCAUGACAUUUUCCUUGUAUACAUACUGAGCUAUACGAGUUUUGAUGCUGUUGUAGAGGCAGCUCCCAGGUGUAAAUGGACUGAUAGCUCUCUGUGAUAGUUUCUGCCAUUUUACUAGGAAGUAUAGUUGAAAACUUCAAUACAUAUUGGUGCUGACAGAGAUUUAUAGCUGUAAAUAAUUUGUAUAGGAACGAGUCGACAAAAGACACCAAUUGUUCUAAAUUUCUUUGUUACAGUAUUGAGUAAGUGUAAAUGGGUAAAUCUUCGUUAUGACACUGAGUGUUUCUAGGGGAAAUCUCUGGCUGCAAACAGAAAUUCUUGAACGCUUGUAAAUUUUGUAUGUUUGUUUUGAAUAGUGUCUUAAUACCUUACAUAUUUGAACAUGUGUACCAUUUUUAUGACAACAGGAUGGUUGGAGCUGUUCUUGCUGGGACAAGUGGUUUUUGUUAUAUAAAUCUGAGUAAUCAUAGAUUUCUCAAAUGUUGUCAUUUGUAAAGUCAAGUUUAAAGGUGACAAAUCCAUUAUUUGUUAAUUCAGAUAAAGCAUUUUGUGUUAAGCACUUGCUUUGUUUGUAAUUUUUUUUUUUU